GGGUCCGGGACGCCCCCGACACCUGCCCCUUGUUCCGGCAGAGCCCGGCAGCCCCCCUCCACAGCCUCCGGCUGCACUCCUCCCCGCACCUGUCCUGUUACACCUUCCCCCGAGUCCCGGGACCUCCUGGCCAAGCUCCAGCAUGCGCCCAUCCUGCAUGGGAGUGCCAGGGGCUGGAGCAGGUGGCAUUGGGGGGUCCAGGGCAUGGGUUUUAAGGGGGUAGAGGGUGCUUGGUAGAAGUAGCGUGCACCAUGCGCCCAUCUCUACGACCAGGGCGAGAGUGGGGCUGUUUCGCUGGCACUGCUCCGCUCACGUCCCUGGAUACUUACCUGGCUGGACUCAUUUGAGUCCCGUUUUUGUUUUUAGGCCUCCAGCAUUUCAGGUCCAGGAAGUCCUGAUGCGGAGUUCGUGCCCCUCGCUCUGGUGCUCCAUAGCUAACGAUGCCCCUUCCUCCAAGCACAUGUCCAGUCCCUUUGUGAAUGUGAAUGUGGCUGAACUCUCAGCAUCCACCACGUCUAGGGGCAAUGACUCCCAUGCUUGAUACUUCCACGCUGGAUAGAGUUGGCCCAUCGUUGCUCCUGCUCAUGAGAGGAACAAUAUCCAUUCAUCACACAGCCCUAGCAAUGGACCAGGGUCGGAGCCUGCCCUUUGCUGCCCUUCCCGGGAGCAGGCUGUCAAGGUCGGAGAGGCGCACGGGUGGAACAUUAUCUCUGCAGACACAUCGGAGCUUGCUGUGACAAAGAAAGUCUCCCUGGGGUGCUGCUAGCAGAGAAAGAAGCUGUUUAUUACUUCGAGUGCCUUUAAUGGGAUCCUGAAUGCUGUGUCCAGGAUCUCCAAGAAGGCCACAUGAUUUGGGGAGCCCCACCUGAGACCCCCCACCCCGAAAGGCUUGGUGUCCAGGACGAGCAGAGCACCCACCCUUGGAAAAUCAGGCUCAGAGCAAGCUAGGCCUGAAAAGCUGGACACCCCUAGUGUACCAGCACUGGGCCUUGGCCCCUUUAAGCUAGGGACUGGCAGAGCAGGUGCCUGGGAGCAGGUGCUGGAGAGAUUGGCCUGCUGGGAUAUAAAAGGCAGCCUUGGCGCUCAUCAAAGGGAGCUGCAGCAAGAGGGAGGAAUCCCCUGGCUGGAGGUUGUAGCUGGCAGGUUGCCUCCUGGGGGAGACCUUGGCAGCCGGCUGGGAGUGCCAAGAGUUGGCGUGAGCGCAGCGACAGGAGCCGGGCGACAUGUUUUACAUGCAUUUACUUGUGAACAAGCGGGGGCCGCUGGCCAAGAUAUGGCUUGCUGCCCACUGGGAGAAGAAGCUCACAAGAGCUCAUAUAUUUGAAUGUAAUUUAGAGAUGACUAUCGAAAAGAUCGUCUCGCCGAAGGUCAGAAUUGCUCUGCGAACCUCAGGGCACCUGCUCUUGGGAGUGGUGCGAAUUUAUCACCGAAAGACAAAGUACCUCUUGGCAGACUGCAGUGAAGCUUUGGUGAAAAUGAAGAUGGCCUUUCGUCCAGGACUUGUUGACCUUCCAAAAGAGAACUUUGAAGCGACUUAUCACUCCAUCACGUUGCCUGAAGACUUCCAUGAUUUUGACACACCACUACCUGACUUGAAUGCCAUUGAUGUUGCUGAACACUUCAGUUUGAAUCAGAGCAGAGUUGAAGACAUCACCCUUAGAGAGGACUAUGGAAGGGAUAUACUUCUCUGUGAGGGGAAUUUUGGUGAGGAGACCGCAAUACUAAGGCGGCAUAGCUUCUUUGAUGACAGCAUACUAAUGAGUACUAAUAGUCUUUUGGCUGAUCACAACUCUUCAAGCCUCACUGGAGACAAAUCUAGGCUGUGUGAAGAUGCAUAUAUAUUUAAACUUGAUGGUUUUGGAGAUGAAGAGGCUGCUGGGGAUAUGAUUGACGAUCUGUUGAAAGCUGAGCAAAAUAGCCUAAUUAAAGACCUUCUUGAUCUGGAAGAAGUUCCUUUCUCACAGGAGCUCCCUGGUGACAGUGCAGUGGUGCAUUCCAGCCAUGAAGAGUCACUACAUGAAGCAGAAAACCAUCCAAUGAGUGAGACUGUACUGUUGCCAGAUGAAGAGGAAGGGUUUGCACUUGAGCCCAUUGAUGCUACAGUUUUCACUGGGCGGAAAGAGAAAAGGAAGCGGAAGUUGCUUGUUGAUGUAGUCAAGGAGCUCAGCAGUAAAACUAUUCAGAAACAGCUUAGCAACUACACAGACACAGAAACUGUGCUGGAUCUUGCACCCCCCACAAAAAAGCUAAUGAAGUGGAAGAAAUCAGGAGGAGUGCAUAAACUUCUUUCCCGUGCUACCGAGCCAUUGAUUAAUGUUGAGCUACAAAAGUUAUUUGCAAACUGCUUCAAGUAUCAUGGCUUUAAGACUGGAAGCAAGAAUAUAGAAAUGGGAUCUGAAGAACCAGAGAGAGAGCAAGAUACUAAAGAGACAUUGGUAAUUGAAGAGCCACUGACUGAAGACCUGAGUUAUUCGCAAGAUGCAGCUCACGGAGGACCCCUGGGACCCAUAAUGGAUGAUUCAUUUGUGUCGACGACGUUACAGAACAGUAGAAAUGGGACUACUAAUGAAAAGACACAGGAUAUGUUGUCUGCUUUGUCUGGGGCCUGUUCACUGGAAAGUGAGAUUCAGCAAGCUGAAUUAACCACGGAGCUAAUAAGGAAUGAUCAAGACAGCGAAGAAAAAAGGUGGAGCAAAAGAACUCUUCAGAUAUUAAACACUCUGCAGCACGUCAGCAAUUCAGGAGUGAAGUCCUUCAGCUUGCUGGAGCUCUGUCAGAGCAAUGACCGGAAACGAGUCGCCGCCAAAUUUUACAGUUUUCUUGUUCUAAAGAAACAGUUGGCUCUUGAGCUUUCUCAGAGUGCCCCUUAUGCUGAUAUAAUAGCAAGUAUGGGUCCAAAGUUCAAUACUAUAUGAAACCAUCAAUAACGAUGAACUGCAUUGUAUGCUUAUUGUUCAAAAAAUCCCGAGAGACAGUAUGGAGGCCACACGGCUUGUGGUGAUUAGACUCCGCACCCGUUACACUUAGUGCUUCCUCUCAGGACUGCAUAGAAACUAAAAUUGUGUAGAUAUACAUAUAUAUUCCAUGGUUAUUAGUAGUCAAGAUAUUUAUCAUCAGCUUUGUUUCUCGGGGGGUUCAAACAAAUAUCAUUAAUAGUUAAAUAUGUUGUUAAUGAAGAAUAGCUUAAAAUGGGCAUUCAACAUAGGUGAGUUUUAAAUUUCCUGUUAAUUUUAUUUAUACAAAAUCCUUCAAAAGUUGAGUAAAACUGGCCUGGAGUCCAAUAUUGGGGCUACGGAAUAUACUUUUUAAAAAAGUUGAGCCAUAAUCCUUCGCAGUGGGUUACUUUUCAAAACUAAAUAAAUAUUCAAUCCAGAUUUCUUAAGAUAAAUUAAUACAUUUGAAUGUUUCCCAUGGUAUUAUAUUGCUAUACACACUCAUAUUUGAUGGCUGUGAAAUCUUGUUGACUAUUGCAAAUAUUCAAUUUAUGCAUGUCUGACAAUUUCAGGCUCUAUCAUGAGGUACAGUACAUUCUGCCUGCUUCAUAGCAGAAAGCCACAGGUAUUUCUUUUUUAGCUUAAUUUUGAUCUGAAAGCACUGACAAAGCACACUCUUUUACUCUGGUAAUAAAGUGAUACCUUACACAGCCGUUAUUGGAAACAACUGCCUGUCUUAAAAUUAAAACAUUCUUAGAAGUUAUAUUCAGAUUUUUAUAUUUUAAGGUCUUUAUGCCAGCCCCAAAAUAUUCAUACAGCAUCAGGGCGAUGCAUAGGACUAUGCAAUGUUGCUCACUAAGUAUUUUACCCAAAAAUAAAACUUUCUUAGAAGAGAUAUUUAUUCUUUAAAUUAUGUGUUGGCCUGUUUACAAUUCUGUGUUGAUGUAUUGUGUUAAAUGGAUGUAUCUUUAGCUCAUUGCAACAUCACCUGUCCUCUAGGAUGCUCUGUCACUUUUAUUUCCAUGUUGUACACUGAAGUUUUCUGCAUAGAUAAAUCGGUUGUGUUGAGUAUGCUGAAAUGUGAGGGGGCAUUAUAUAUUAAACAUUAAGCAUACAUUUCCUUAGCUUGUUUAGUAUUUGUUCUAAAGAGUCAAAAGUAGCAGAUACUUAACAGAGCCAGGCUGUGCUUUUUUUGGUUUGGCAUCUCCUUGGAUUCCCUGCAUGUUUACAUUCUCCGAUAAAGUGUUUCUACACUUCAUUUUCAGAGCGGCCCUUACAGUUGACAUGCUCUGGGGAAGUAUUCUGGAGAAAAUGUCUUUUAAACUGUCAGUAAUGGAGAAAGUAAGACUGAACAAAUGCUACAGGCUCCUAUUUUAACCUAUCACGUGUACCUGUAAUGAAAACGUGAAUUAAAUACCACACUUAUUGAAAUGACACAAUGAGCUGCCACGCAGUCUCCUAGAAUGGGUUGUGUAUCGCAGCAGAAGUGUAAGUUAGAGGCCCAGAA